CCUUUCUCCACCCUAUAAAUACCUCAUAUCUUUUGCUUUUUCUCUCUCACAACAUAUCAUCCUUAUUCAUAUCUUUCUUCUACUUUUUCUUCUUCUUUCCCAUACACCAACAACUACACAACAUACACAUGGAGUUCACCGCUCUCUUGUGCUUCCUUGUUUCUUUCAUAUCUAUUAUUCUCCUCAACUUACUCAUCAAAUCCUUCUCCUUCUUCUUCCCUUCCAAAGUUAAUAGACAAUUGCCGCUUCCUCCUGGGACCAUGGGUUGGCCAUAUAUAGGAGAAACCUUCCAAAUGUAUUCUCAAGACCCAAAUGUUUUCUUUGCCACAAAAAUCAAGAGGUAUGGUUCUAUGUUUAAGUCACACAUUUUGGGUUAUCCUUGUGUGAUGAUUUCUAACUCGGAAGCAGCAAAGUUUGUGCUCACCAAAGCUCAACUCUUCAAACCAACAUUUCCUGAUAGCAAAGAGAGGAUGUUGGGGAAGCAAGCCAUUUUCUUUCACCAAGGAGCAUACCAUGCUAACCUCAGAAGGCUUGUACUUCGCACCUUCACCACCGAGGCCAUCAAAAAUUUAGUCUCUGACAUUGAAUCCAUUGCCCAAAAUUGCCUCAAUUCAUGGGAAGGAAAGUUGAUCACCACUUUCCUCGAAAUGAAAACGUAUACCAUCAACGUGGCCCUGCUGUCAAUAUUUGGAAAAGAUGAAAAUCUGAAUGCAGAGGUUCUGAAGCGAUGCUACUACACCCUUGAGAGAGGGUACAACUCAAUGCCCAUAAACCUUCCCGGAACACUUUUCCACAAAGCCAUGAAGGCAAGGAAAGAGCUUGCAGAUAUUGUGGCUCGAGUAAUCUCAAAAAGGAGGAAGACGAAGCAAGAACACAAUGACUUGCUGGGGUCGUUCAUGAGUGAAAAAGCUGGACUAACUGAUGAACAGAUAACAGAUAACAUCAUUGGUGUUAUUUUUGCUGCUCGUGACACCACUGCAACAGUACUUACGUGGAUUGUUAAGUUCCUUGGCGAAAACCCCAGUGUCUUAGAAGCAGCAACCGAAGAGCAUGAGUCCAUAUUAAGGUGCAAGGAAGAAAGUGGAGAAGAAAUGGGCCUGAAUUGGUCAGACACAAAAAAUAUGCCUGUGACAUCGAGGAUCAUACAGGAGACUCUAAGAAGAGCAUCAAUUUUGUCUUUUACCUUCAGAGAAGCUAUAGAGGAUGUUGAAUUUGAAGGAUAUCUCAUACCAAAAGGGUGGAAAGUAUUACCACUUUUUAGGAACAUCCACCACAGUCCUGACAACUUCAAAGAGCCAGAGAAGUUUGAUCCUUCAAGAUUUGAGGUGGCUCCAAAACCCAAUACUUUUAUGCCAUUUGGCAAUGGGACCCAUGCAUGUCCUGGCAAUGAAAUAGCCAAGUUGGAGAUGUUGGUGCUUCUACAUCACCUGAUCACAAAGUACAGGUUGGCAAUCUGGUUUAUUACCAAACACAAUCUCGUUGUAACCCUUUUCAGGGUGGUCUACAGUUGGUGCAAAAAAUGGGAUUCAGUAUGGCCCCUUUGCUCUUCCACAAAAUGGAUUGCCCAUGACAUUUUAUCCCAAAAAAUAAAUAUCAUUCAAAUAAAGAGUGGAGGCACACUAAGAAGCAACUUCUUCCAUAUGGAAAUAAUCCUUCUAAAUAUAGUACAAUUUAGAUUACAGAAAUGAUGAAAGAGACCUCAUAUAAAAAAUAAUCUCUAAUUCUUUUGAACAAAAGACAAUGGAAAAUGCUUAUUAUGGUAUGAUCAGCGAAAGAAAAGCAUAUUGUACAGGAGUAGGUCUUAGCAAGACUGUCAU